CGAAUAGGAAAAGAAAAUGAUUGUAAGUUAUCAUUCGAUAUCUGCCACCUCACUAUUUAACAUUCGCCACAUCAUGAAAAAGUUAUAUAUUUUUAAAUUCUGUCUCAUGUGCACACGUGUCCGAUGUUUUAUAAAGAGAUAUAAUUAUGACUAAUAAUCUACCAGAAGUUAUAAAAAUGGAGAAGAAAGAAGCCUACGACAAAACAGCGACGCUCGACGAAGCGAUGUUCGCUACAGGUUUUGGAGUCUACAACAUCUUACACAUGCUUCUCAGCGGACUAAUCCUAAUGGGGGUGAUCAUGCAAAGCUUAGCUUUGGGCUACGUGUUACCAGCCGCCCAAUGCGACCUUGACCUGACGCUGCAGCAGCGCGGCUGGCUAGCUGCUAUACCUUUUUCUGCCAUAAUCCUAACUUCGUACUUCUGGGGUUGGCUGGCCGACACGCGCGGGCGCCGUUUCGUCAUGCUUUUCUCCAUGCUUAUCUCCACCGUAUUUGCGGUUCUCGCCAGCUUUUCACCGGAGAUCAUCUCCUUUGCCGUACUGUCCUUUACGUCAGCUGUCUUCAUGGCGGGACCAUCGUCAGUGGUGUACACGUACUUAGGAGAGUUUACAAACUUACGUCACAGAGAUAAGAUUGUCGCUUUUGGAUCUUCGUUUGUCGGAAUCGGCACAAUAGUACUACCAGCUGUCAGCUGGCUGAUUCUUUCUAUAGACAUAGCCCUACCUAUAAAUUUUCUAAACAUAACCUACCGGUCGUGGCGUCUCUUGGUCAUCGCAGCCAACCUGCCCCUUGCUAUUGGUUUUGUUCUGCUCCUCUUUGCGCCAGAAAGUCCCAAGUUUUUAAAUGCAUCUGGACAGCAAGAUGCUUGCUUGCGAGUUCUCAGACAGAUGUAUGCAGUCAAUAAACGUUUACCGGAAAAGAAUUAUCCCAUUAAAUCCCUUGUCGAAGAAGCACAUACAGUCAAAGCCCUCGAGAAUAGUGGACUUACAGCUGUAUUCAAAUCAAUGAAGGACCAGACUCUGCCCCUCUUCCAGGUUCCGUUGUUAAAGUGGACUUUGCUUAUUUGCUUCAUUCAGUUUGGACUGUUUGGCACGACUAAUGGUUACUACGUUUGGUUCCCGACAAUUCUGAACUCAGUGGCCAACCACGACGGUGAGGCAGCUGGAAUAUGCGCAAUUCUAGAUGCUCACCAAAAAUCGCCUGGAAAUGGCACUGACGUGGCAUGUGACGACACUAUGAAUACGACAACCUUCGAGCUCUCCAUUUACAUUGGCCUGGUCUUCAGCUCAAUGUACAUCAUCGUUGGUUUCUUGGUGGACUUUAUGGGGAAGAAACUGAUACUUCUGCUAGUUCUCUCCAGCACUGGACUCUGCGGGAUUGGAGCUCACCUCGCUCCAAACCAGAACAUAGCCGUGGUUCUUUUCGCGAUAUUCCAGAUGUGUGGAGCGUGUAUUGGUCUAACUAAUGCGGUUACUGUAGAACUCUUUCCGACUAAAUACAGGGCGAUGGCCAUCUGCUUAUCAAUGAUGAUGGGUCGCGUGGGUUCUAUGGCGGGCUCCAACCUCAUCGGCAUGUUCCUCUCCACCAACUGCGGACUUAGCUUUUACAUUUUCGGGGGACUUAUUUUAUCGUGCGCUCUUCUUUGUUUCACAUUACCCGGGAAAAGUGACAGUGCGCCGAAAGAAAUAAAAACGGAUCCCACACGAAAUCAAACCCACGAACCUGCUUGAAAACGAUGAAUAUGAAUCAAACGAAUCAUGCUGCUACCCGCAUCGGUGCGUCACCAGCUUCAAUUUCUUAUGUAGUCCGGAGAUAUUGCAGCAUAUUUUUUUGACUGAUCUAACUGUGGCUGUGAUUAAGUUUUAGAUAGUUUAAGAUGGCGCCAGGGACUUAAUUAAAUAUGUAAAAAUCGUUUUUAUUACAUAUCUAAUUAUGUCCCAUUCGUUAAGUAGCGGUGUUUAAUAAUGUUUACAAGUAAAACUAUUUAAAUAACAGACUCGACCCUUCUUCAUAGAUAAAACAUCAAAAAGACUACUGCGCAUAUAAUGCCGGGGUCUAAUAUAAUAAUAUAAUAAAGAGAUUAUGAGAUUAUGAUUUACGUUUCGGUCAAUUGUCACCGCUGCCGGAAACCAAACCUUUUUGCUGAAUAUUUUAGUGGCCCUCUCCAGUUUACAAGCUCAUUCCCCGCUUUCCAUGGAGCUUAAUAAUAAUUUUCCCAAUUUGUCGCCGCAGUAAUUAGGAAGCGUGAUUGAUAUAUUCCGAUUUAAUAAUGUACUAAAACAGAUUAAUUAAUGGAAACCAAAAUGUCACUUAAUUGUAUUUUAAUAAUGUUUUAUAAUAUUUCAGUUAUAAUUAUACCAUUCCUAAGCUGUAAAUAAAUAAAUAAUUACCCAAAAAAGGUUUGAACGACUUUUAGCUUAAAUUAUGAAUAGGUAUAUUGUUGAUAUUUCAAGGUUCACAUACGCGAUAGAAAGUUUGAAACUCUUACUGACAUUUCGUAGCUACCUACCAAUUUCUUUAAAAAAACAGUUACACAAAUUCCAUUCAUUGCCUAGCAACUAAUAGACCAGGAUCGAUAAUGUUUGAAACCAAAAA